AUGACACCUGGAAAGAAGUUACAGGGUCUUGUAGCUGCUACAAUCACUCCAAUGACUCCUGAUGGACAAAUUAACCUUUCAGUGAUUCGUCAAUAUGUGGAUUAUCUGGUAAGCGAGCAGAACGUGAAGAACGUUUUUGUGAAUGGCACAACAGGAGAAGGACUGUCCCUUAACAUCCAGGAGAGGAAGCAGUUGGCGGAAGAAUGGGUGUGCCAAGGAAAAGACAAAUUGGAUCACGUGAUCAUUCAUGUGGGAGCAUUAAGUCUGCCAGAGUCCCAAGAGCUGGCAAGACACGCAGCAGCCAUAGGUGCUAGUGGUAUUGCUGUAAUAGCCCCCUUCUUCUUCAAACCCACAAACAAGGAUGAGCUGAUUGCUUUCUUACAGCAGGUUGCAUCUGAAGCUCCUGCGGUUCCAUUUUAUUACUAUCACAUUCCUCCUCUGACGGGUGUGAAGGUUUGUGUUGAAGAGUUGCUGGAUGGAAUAAAAGAGCAGAUCCCCACCUUCCAGGGUGUGAAGUUCAGCGACACAGACCUCUUGGACCUUGCACAGUGUAUAAACAAGAAUGAGAGAGAACAGUUUGCAUUUCUUUAUGGGGUGGAUGAGCAACUGUUGAGUGCACUGGCAAUAGGGGCAGAUGGAGCUGUUGGAAGUACAUACAACUAUUUGGGCCAAAAAACCAAUCUGAUGUUGCAAGCCUUUGCAAAGCCAGACCUUGUGUUAGCACGGAAGUAUCAGUUUCUCACUGGGGAAUUUCUCAACUUUGUCAUCAAACUAGGUUUUGGUGUUGCACAGACUAAAGCUGUAAUGACUUUUGUUUCUGGCAUUCCCAUGGGACCUCCACGGCUUCCGCUUGUUGACGCCUCUGAGGAUUUCAUCGUCAAGGCCAAAGCCAAGCUGGAUAGCAUUGUGUGGCCUGAUGGCGACUCAUGUUCACUUCUGUGUCAAUCUGGAAGUGGAGGCUCCUCUUCUGGGAGUCACUGUCACUCGGCACAUUCCCCACAUGUUGGGCUGUGAUUUCUUUCAGGGAAUUGGCAAUGUGCCUGAGCCCCUUCCUGUUAAGGGCUGGCCCUGUUGGCACACGUGUAGCCACCUUUUUGUGUAACUUGACUCUGUUCCCCUGGAGCGCUGCACAUCCCAGGACUAGCUGGUAUCUUUUAAUAAAAAAUUAAAAAAGCAGAAUUUCCCCAGUUGAAGGAUCCUGACUCCUUUUGUCUAGAAAGAGGGAAGAUCUGUCUUUACUCUCCCUCCAGCUAAAUCAUGUUUUGUCCUCUCCCUUCGUAAGUAUC